CUCGUCUUCUUCUUCCUUUCCUGCUACUACAGCUACCUCUUCCUGCUCUCCUUCUUUGCGAUCUUGACAAUGGCCGACAGCCAAGAGAAGCUUCGCGUGGGCUAUGUCCCCGAGCACUUCAGCCUUCCGUUGCUCCAGCUUGCAUCGUCGGCCUGGGGCAAGGAGCACAUCGAGCUUGUCUCGCAACCGAGCGGCACGGGCCAGAUGCUCACGUCGCUCGCCGCCAGGCCUCGCCCAGACAUUGACAUUGCCAUCGCACUGACCGAGGCGCUCAUCGCGGGCAUCGCAAAGGGCCGCAGCGACUACGAGCUCGUGGGAAGCUACGUCAAGAGCAGCCUCAACUGGGCCGUCAUCACGGGCACGGACGCCAAGGCGGACAAGUACAAGUCGAUCGACGAUCUGCGUUCGACGACGCUUGGUAUCAGCCGGCUGGGAAGCGGGUCGCAAGUCAUGGCAAGCGUCAUGGCCCUCCAGCAGGGCUGGUCGACCGACGAUGUGAAAUUCAAGGUCAAUGACAACUUUGAGAACCUGCGCAACGGCGUCAACCAGCAGAGCGGCCUCGAGACGUCAGCAUUCAUGUGGGAGUGGUUCACCACAAAGCCUUUCGUCAACUCGGGUGAGGUCCGUUUCAUCGGCAGCGUACCCACACCAUGGCCCAGCUGGACUAUUGCGGCAUCGAAGUCGUUCACCGAGCAGACACCGACACCGUCAACCGAGACGAAGCUACAUAAAUUCUUGGGCAAGCUGGCGGACCAGGUCAAAAAGUUCACCAGUGAUGAAGAAAAAGCAAAGAGCACAAUCGUCGAGCAGAUGAAGUACGACGCAAAGGACGUUGACCAGUGGUAUGCCGGUGUGCGAUGGGUCGGCGACUCUCGAGAGGGGCAGGGAAGUGGGGGCAAACGUCUCAAGGGCCAGAGCGUAAAAACAAAUGAAGUCAGCGAAGAGGUGCUCCUCCAGACGCUCGAGACACUCCAAAAAGCAGGCGUGGUAGAGGAGCCGCAGGGAGGCUGGGAUCUAGAUCGAUUCGUCACCUCCGACAGGCGUGUGGCCUGAAACGGAGAAGAAUUGAGAGAAAAAUUGCGAAGUUGUAAUACAUGCAGCCCUUCCUUUCCUUCCGAGAUCGAGAGCACCGGAGCAAGUCUCGUCAUCCCAUUUACUCCUCCUUCU